CGUGAUGUAACUCAAGCUUGCCCCGAGACAUGCCAAGCCUCGUGAGAUUAUUUAGUUCCAGAGCAGUGUUCUCUGAAUACAAUGAGGCGUGUGGGCCGGCUGCUUGGUCGUCUUACUCACCUUGUACUCACCUAGUUGAGUACAGUGACCUAGUGUACACUGUUAAGUACAGUUAAGUUGUGACCUUGAACCUGUACAUACAGCUGCGACGACCUUUAAAAACUAGAGAGGAUGGCGACGCCCGUAAGACACUGGAGGAAACUGCUGGCGCCAUUGAGCAGUUCAAGGAUCGGUGUCCAGGCGGCUAGCACCGGUAUGGAAGGCGUCCCAUACCAAACCACUAUGAAGGAGCAGAAGGUUGCUACGCCGACGGCCGUACCAGCUGAGGUGGAGGUGGUGGUGGUCGGUGGGGGAUCCCUAGGCUGCAGCACCCUCUACCACCUGGCUAAGUUAGGCAUCACCAACACAGUUCUUCUAGAGUCCCACCAAUUAACUGCAGGAACGACGUGGCACACAGCAGGCCUACUGUGGCGCCUGAGGCCUAGUGAUACAGAGAUCCAGCUCAUCAACACCACACGAGAGAUGCUUCUUAGACUGGAGAAGGAGACCGGUGUCAACCCUGGCUGGAUCAUCAAUGGCGGUCUUUUUAUCGCCUCGACGAAAGAACGACUGAACGAAUACAAGCGACUAAUGACUCUUGGAAGAGUCCAUGACAUUGAGAGCUACGUGCUAGACCCAGCAGAGACCAAGAAACUCUACCCACUCUUGAACGUUAACGACCUUACUGGCACUCUUUACUGUCCUGGUGAUGGCACGAUGGAUCCUGCAGGCUUGUGUACAGCACUCACCCGGUGGGCGACGCAGGCGGGGGCUCUGGUGGUGGAACACUGCCCUGUCACUGACAUUCGCACCUCGGAGACCAUCUUGGGGGGCCGCGAGGUGAGCGAGGUGCACACGCCAUGCGGAGUCAUCAAGACCAGUGCAGUUGUCAAUGCUACAGGUUGCUGGGCAAAUGAUAUAACGGGCAUGGUAGGCGUGGAGGUGCCGCUUGCUCCCAUGAAACAUGCAUAUGUGGUAACUGAGAAGAUCCCAGGAAUUGAGAAUAUGCCCAAUGUACGAGACCACGACACUUCUGUCUAUUUGAGACUUCAGGGUGAUGCUCUGUCCGUGGGAGGCUACGAAGGGAAUCCCAUCUUUCUUGACAGGCUGGACAAGGACUUUGCUUUUGGACUAUACGAGCUGGACUGGGACACGUUCAGCGCCCACAUCGACGGGGCGGUGAACCGCGUGCCUGUGCUGGAGACUAUAGGCAUAAAGUCGACCGUGUGUGGACCCGAGUCCUUCACCCCUGAUCACAAGCCAGUCAUGGGAGAGGACAUCAACGUCCGAGGUUUCUACCACUGCUGUGGUUUUAACAGCAGUGGUAUGAUGUUGGGUGGUGGUUGUGGUGACCAGAUGGCCAAAUGGGUGGCCCAUGGCCGCCCAGAUCUUGAUAUGUUUGGUUACGACAUUCGUAGGUUUCACCCCGCUCUCAACGCCAACAAGGCCUGGGUGCUGGCUCGCUCGCACGAGUCGUAUGCCAAGAACUAUAGUAUAGUGUUCCCUCAUGAUGAACCCCUGGCUGGUCGCGGGCAGAGGCGCUCUCCUCUCCAUCAGGUGUUGGAGAGUAAGGGGUGUGUGUUCCAGGAGCGUCAUGGCUGGGAGAGACCUGGAUGGUUCAGCACCCGGCCAGCACCUCCACAGACAUAUGACUGGUAUGGUGCCUAUGAUACUCCCCUAAAUACUGACGACUGUUAUAAGAAUCUGCUUGUGGCAGAUUAUUCCUUUGACUUUCCAUCACACCAUCACACAAUACAGAGAGAAUGUUUGACAUGCCGCGAGAAAGCUGCCAUAUUUGAUAUGUCCUACUUUGGAAAGUUCUACAUAACGGGUCGUGAUGCCCAAAAGGCUGCCGACUGGAUCUUCUCAGCGGAUGUAUCUAGACCGCCCGGCACUACAGUGUAUACCUGCAUGUUGAACCAUAAGGGUGGCGUUGAAGCGGACCUCACUGUGAGCAUAUGCGAAGGAGGCCAAGGGUCAGCCUGUGACCCCGCCUUCACAGGUAAAGGGUUCUAUCUGGCUGCUGGUGGAGCAGCGGCCCUCCAAAACUUGGCCCAUGUUUUAAAGGAAGUAAGAACCAAUGACUGGGAUGUGCAGGUGCUGGACCACACGGAGGAUAUGGCCAUGUUGUCGGUGCAAGGGCCCCUUAGUAGAGCUAUUCUGCAGCAGCUAACUGAUGAAGACCUCAGCAAUGAAGCAUUUCCCUUCUCAACUCACAAAGUCAUCAAUAUUGCUGGACACAAGGCUCGCGCCCUCAGACUUUCCUUUGUUGGAGAAAUGGGUUGGGAACUGCAUGUCCCCAAAUCGUCAGCGCUUGCAGUGUACGAGGCUGUGACGGCCGUCGGGGCACCGCUGGGUCUUGCUGAUGCAGGGUAUCGAGCUAUUGACUCGUUGUCCUGCGAGAAAGGUUACCGCCAUUGGCAUGCUGACGCCCGGCCAGAUGAUACACCCCUUGAAGCUGGUCUUGCUUUUACCUGCAAACUCAAGACCGACAUUAAAUUCUUGGGUCGUGAGGCAUUGGAAAUGCAGAAGAGCAAGGGUAUCGCCAAGAAACUUGUAACCUUUACACUGAAUGACCCUCAACGACCUCUCUGGGGCCUAGAGGGCAUUUGGCGUGACGGGGAACCUGUGGGUUACAUUCGAAGAGCAGAGUAUGCAUUUGCUUUAGGUUGUGCCAUUGCUUAUGGGUAUGUACGAAGCCCUAGUGGAGGGAAGGUGACAAAUGACUUUCUAAAAACUGGAGACUGGCAGUUGGAAUCCAUGGGCGAGCGACUUGAUGCUACAGUCCACAUUCGUCCACCAUUUGAUCCCAAUAAUCUUAGAGUCAAAGGCAUUUAUGAAGAAUAAUUUUUUACAAAUUAGUGUUGUAACAAUGUGCAUAUACACAAACACCUGUAUUUUAAUAUAAGGUUUUACGAAAAAGUACAGUAUGUGUGAUCCUUUGCAGGAACAGAGAUCAUUGGCGGAGGAGGGGGGGGGGGUGUAAUGGGAGAGGGAGUAAAGUAUUGUGGAUGGUUGGGUUUGCAUAAACACGAAACUGUUUAUAAAAACACGAUUUAAUUACAGUUUCCUCAAAUGCAAAACAGCGGAAGAAUUAGAUUGAAUUUGUUCUCUGAAUGUUUUAUGAAUCUCGGUCAUAAAUUCUUUGAAUUGAUGACCGAGAAUCACGAGCUGUUAGCAACAAUGUGCAAUCCCAUGGCACAAUAUCAAAGUAACUUAGAUUCAGUAUUGAUUCAACGUUACUCUUGGAUAUUCUGCUCACUGGGUCGUGCCAUAAUCUAUUUGGGAACCUUUCAAUUGAGAAAAUAAUGUGUGUUUUUCAAUGUUGUUAAAUCUGCUUUUAAAUUUAGUUUCACAUCUUGUCAAAUAUAUUAUUUAAAUCAUCUUUAAAAAGAGUUCUCAUUAAAUUUGUGUGCCAAACAUAUUUAAUUUUAAAUACCAUAAUUUUUGGUAGGUAAUUUUUGCAUAGAAAAUGGACCUACUGCGAGCAAAAUAAACUCUUUACAAUAAUAAAUCCUCUAAAAACUA